AGCCCAGCCCAGCCCAGCCCAGCCCAGCCCAGCCCAGCUCAGCCUAGCCCUGCCCUGCCCAGCCUAGCUCGGCCAAGCUCUCCCUCCCUCCCGCGCUGCUGCCGCAUUACCCAGGUACAGCGGGCGGGGAGAGGGGGCACGUCUCGCGCGGCCGAGUGGUAGACUGACAGGCUAGCCCCGCUGCUUCCAGCCUUUGGCACGGGCACGAUCGCAAGCGGGCUCGUGGAACGCUGAGCACCUGGAGAGGAGACCGAGGGCGGGGGGCAGGCGCGGGAAGAAACUUUCUAGCGGAUUCUCUCACCCCUCCCCCGAGUCUACGGCCUCCGGGAGCCUGGGGAGGGUCGGUGUCUCGGCGCCCAGGGAGCUGCUGCUGCAGAGCGCCCGGAGGCGGCGGCGAGGGCUCUCUCUGGGCGGCUGCUUCUCGGAGAAGCAAGUGCCUUCAGCCGAGAGCCUCUGGGGUUACGGUUUCGAGAGGAGCCAUAAUUCUCCAGCCCUACUUCAGUCUCCUCCAAGUUUCUUGCCAAACCCUGGUGCACCGAUUGCUGUAAAGGCUCCACUUGGGAUCUCUUGGCUCUCUGCCUUUGUCAACUUCUGUAAACAAUGGUAUAUUAACAUCUCUUGAAAAAAAGAGAUUGGACUUCCUUUCCUAAAAUUGGGACAUCAUCAGUGGAUAACUGGAUGGGAAAAGAAAAAAAAUCAGAUGGCUAACAUCUUACUGUGUCAACCAUAAGAGAGUGUAUGACCAUCUUAGAAGUACAAAGAUCAAGGAAAAAAAGAGUUAGGACAGAAAGGGAGGAGAAAUACCACCCCUUUUCUGUUUGGGUGAAGAUCAAAGGCAAUGGAUGUCAUAGAGACAGCAAAGCUUGAAGAACAUAUGGAAAACCAGACCAAUGACCCUGCAAAUAGUUAUACAAGACCUACUGAACCUACUGAUGAAGACAACAAAAAUAGUAAUGGCAAACCCAAGAGUUUAUCCAAUGGCUUACGAAAGGGUGCCAAAAAGUACCCAGACUAUAUUCAAAUUUCUAUGCCAGCUGAAGCAAGGAACAAAUUUCCCCUGGAAUGGUGGAAAACAGGCAUUGCUUUUGUCUAUGCCCUAUUCAACCUAAUCCUGACAACCGUCAUGAUCACAGUUGUACAUGAGAGGGUGCCUCCCAAGGAGCUCAGCCCACCACUACCGGACAAGUUCUUUGAUUACAUUGAUCGAGUGAAAUGGGCAUUUUCUGUAUCAGAAAUAAAUGGGAUGAUAUUAUUUGGACUAUGGCUCACCCAGUGGCUGUUUCUGAGAUAUAAGUCAAUAGUGGGACGCCGGUUCUUUUUUAUAAUGGGAACUUUAUACCUAUAUCGCUGCAUUACUAUGUAUGUUACCACUCUCCCCGUGCCUGGAAUGCACUUCCAAUGUGCACCAAAGCUCAAUGGAAAUUCUCAGGCCAAAGUACAGCGAAUCCUGCGACUGAUCUCUGGUGGUGGAUUGUCCAUAACUGGGUCACACAUCUUGUGUGGAGACUUCCUGUUCAGCGGCCACACCGUUGUGCUGACUCUGACUUACUUGUUCAUCAAAGAAUAUUCGCCCCGGCACUUCUGGUGGUAUCAUUUGAUCUGCUGGCUGCUGAGCGCCGCUGGGAUCAUCUGCAUUCUUGUGGCCCACGAACACUACACUGUUGACGUGAUCGUCGCUUAUUAUAUCACCACGAGACUCUUCUGGUGGUACCACUCCAUGGCCAAUGAAAAGAGCUUGAAGAUUUCAUCACAGACUAAUUUCUUAUCUCGAGCAUGGUGGUUCCCCAUCUUUUAUUUCUUUGAGAAAAAUAUACAAGGCGCAAUUCCUUGCUGCUUCUCCUGGCCGUUAUCCUGGCCACCUGGCUGCUUCAAAUCCUCCUGCAAAAAAUAUUCACGGGUUCAGAAAACAGGAGAGGACAAUGAAAAAUCCACCUGAGAAGAGAGAAUCAUCGAGAAGAAGGCCUACGCUCUUAGACCAAAACGUUUCACGCUAUAACCAAAGGCAGAGUUGUUUGUUUUGUUGUGUUUUUUUUAAUAGGAGGAUUGAUCGGUGUGUGAAGAAGUGGACCAAAUUUUGUAAAUGAUUUGAAAGAUAAAGUAUUGUCCCGUGAUAUGACGUUUAUUUGUCAUGGGGAAAAAGGCUUCUGCAGCUCUAUACCCAUUGAUGAUGAGACCCAGGACUGUGCUUGACAGAUGAGGUUGGAAAAGAGGUGCCAAAAAAAAAAAUAUCCUUUCCCUCCCAUCCCAUCCUUCUCCCUCUUCCAAAGCCUUUCCCUUCAGAACUCGGAGUGAAUUCCCAGUCCCCCUCCCACUCAGAAGAGCAGGAUUUAGUGACGUUUUGAACACAUUAUUACUAGGAUAUAUGUAUAGCUACCAUAUAAAGGGAAGUGUAACCUAAUGUUAGGAAGUGUAGUGAUAAGAUUCUCUAGGCUUCUCAUUGGAGCCUCCGUGAAAGUGACACCCAUCAUUCAGGAGAUGGAAAAAAAAAGUUGGGCAAAUUCCUGCUGUUUUCUCUGCUUUGGAGGGGAAAAGAUAGCUUAGAACCCUGGAAUGCUCACUGCUGCUACCACUCAAUGAAUGACAUACCUAUUACUUUAUACAUUUUUCUUUUUACUGAUAACUUUAUUUUUUAAAACAAUGCUAGGCUGAUGUGCUCCAACUGCAGACAUGUCUGGCAACAUCACAGAGGUUUUACAAGUGUGUAAAUACUGCAUUUUAAAAGUAUAUUUAAUAGACAUCAACAAAACAAUUCUGGGAUAUUCCCAACAGGACAUGAGUUUCACUUCCAUGUUCUGUUCCCUAGGGCAUGCUUGAACUGCCCCAGUGCAGAAGAAGGUAGAUGCCAUGGGCUAAGAAAACACUUGUGGGUACCAAUACUGGUGCCACUUGGGGCACAAGCCCCCACUGCUCUUUAAGGUCCAGUCCUGAUCACAGGUUUACUUGUGUGUGGACUAGACAUAGACUCUAGGAAUGAUCUUUGGUCACACUGAAUUAUGAAGGAUCCUUGUUCUAAAUAUUUACCUCGUUCUUUCUGAAAACCCAAAAUAGAUGCCUAAAAUUUUGAUGUAUUCUUGCCUUUUAUCAAAAGAUUCCACUAGCCAGAAUAUAUAUGGACAGAUACUGGAGUUCUCUAGUCCUUACCCAAUGAGAAUGGUUAUUUGGUGCUGAACCAGUUGAAACGAGUGUGAGACUGUUAAAUCUACCCAAUGACUACGUAUUUGUUUAUAGAUUUAUUUAAAGAAGUAAUAUAAACAGAUUGGAUUUUUCUUUUCCAUCUUUGAAGACUGUAUUAUUAUUUAAUGUUAUGUAUCUUUGGCUGAUCUCCGAACUUAUUUCCUCAAAUACUUGAGGGCUAUUUUUAAAGGCUUCCAAAUAAAAGCCCAGAAGCAAAAAGAAGGAAUCAAAAUUGCAGUUUUACUCAUUGUUAACACUGGGGGAAGAUAUUACCAAUUAGGGGAGAAAAAAAUGUUUCCUCCCUAUAAUAAUGAUGGAAAAAUACAAUCAAAUUAUCAUCAUUAGCAAGACCAGUCAGCUUUUAUAGAUGUAUGAUAAACUUUGAAUUAUUUCCAUUUAUCUCAACAAAGCACAAAAUUUCCCCUACUCUACAGCAGUUGUCAUCCUUGGUGCUAAAAUUCUCUGAUUGCCUGUCGAAAGUGGGAAAUGUAGAUUAAUUCAAAGGGAACUAACUGUUCUCCAGUCAGCUCACUUUAAAUAAGAAUUAUAACCUAAACAUUCUUUGUAGGAUUUUAGACAUGAGAUCUCUGUAGCCUACAUGGGGUUUUAUCUGAUCUUAGUUCCCCAAAAUUUUCAUCACAAUUUUGAUUAUUGACAGAUUUGUGACGGGGACAUGGUAGUUUGCUCAGAAUCCCUUUCUCUCCCCAGGAACUAAAAGUCACUGUUGCCCAAAUUAAAAAAAUAGAUAGUCCUAGAUGAUUUGUAAAUAUUUUGCUGCCAUCAAGACACUGGAGGAUUGUUUUCCCCACUGGACCUCCAAUGAAAGUGGAAAACAUACUCCAAUAUGACAGUUGAUCUUGAUUAUAGUAGUUCCUCUAUUUUUUCCAGGUGGCUUAUAAUUACUGGACUUGAAACAAACUCAGUUUCAGUUCAGUUUUAAUAGUUAACAUUAUUUAAUAAAGGCCUUUGUAAGCUUCUUUGAACAGAUCUUACAUUUGAGUCAAUCCCAAGGAAAAACUUCAUUGUGAAGCCCAUUAAGGACAUGUUGCCAUUUCCUUUCAAGUUCUUCAAAGUAGUUUUGCCUUCACACCUGGAAAUUCUGCCACUCCAAAGCACUUUGUAUAUGUUAUAAUUUAAUAGCUGAGGAAUUUGAUAGACAAAGAAAGGACAGGAACCAAACAUUAAACAUUAUCAUUUUGGUAGGGAACAUUAAAGAAAGCAAGAGAGAGAGAAAAUGGAUUUGAGCCACAGAAAGGAAACCUUGGAAUUUAGUCCCUGGAACUGAAAACUUGGGUGCACUGCCCUUGUAAUGGUUGUCCGUAAACCAACCAACAAAAUGGGAAUAACUUUUAGAGUGGAAAUCUGAUUCCAAAUCCCUGAUACAGUUCUCACACUUCUCUGGAAUGGAAUUUCAUUUGAAAAAAUGUUGAUUAUAUCUAUAAAUACCUUUCCCACUAUCUCUGAAAAUGGAGCAAAUCCAUGUUUUCUCAGCUCUCAUGCACUGGCAUAUUGAGUUCUACUUGUAAUAAUCCUAGAGUUGGGGAAAAGUUGUUUUGACCUCUUUAGAAAUGAAUUUUGCAGUAGAACUGGACUGUCUUGGGAAUCUUGAGAGACAUGGAACACUGGUCGCAUAUGGUAGCUUUGGUAAGAUAUACUUAGUGUAUAUUCCACCGCCCUCUUGUGGAGAUAACACACAAAGCAAGAUCUUUUCGUUUUGUUCUGUUGUUUGUUUAUUGAUACCUACAAAGAACCAGACCCUCCAAAAGUAUUCAGACCAUCUUUCCAGUCUUUAUUUCUUUCAAAAGAACCUCUUUCAUUGCUUCCAUCACUAACUUCAGUGCCAGAGUACAGAAGACAGGAGUCACACUGGCAUUUUUAAAUUGGUCUAGAGAGAGAAAGGUCAAAAUCCAUUUGGAGUGGAAUUUCUGCAAAAUAGUUGUGGCCCUAACAUGCAUAAUCAUCCACUUUUAAAGCAAACAUACAAACCAUAUUUAAAUGAAUGUCACCAGGCCUUAGUGACCAUCCCAUUUCCUGCCUCUGUGGCUUUGAAGUAGGACGGGCUUACUGUCUUUCUCACCAUACUGUUGUGUUUGUGUGUGUGUGUGUGUGUGUGUGUGUGUGUGUGUGUGUGUGUGUGUGUGUGUUUUCUAUUAUCUCACAGCUUGUUUUUUCAAAUUGAAAUAUAUUUGAAUUUUUUUUUGUUUUGCACAGUUAGAAAAUGGAUACAGGUUCAAGCUGGUCUUACUACUUACUCUCAGUUUUUAACAAGUGCAAAGAGUCUCUUGAAAAUUGAAAAAUAAGUCUAAAUCAAGCGUAUUUUACUUGAGAUGCUCUUUACUUUUGAUCAAUUGGCUCUUUAUGUGCUGGCAAAAGAUAUUUUCAUGCUAUUUCAUUAAUGCCAUUUCAGGAUAUCCUCAUAAUUAGCUGCUAAGAGAUGUUUUUGUUUAUAAAAGUUAUAAUUGACAUAAAUGUCCCCCAAACAAUGCAAAUUGAGUCAGCGCAAUCAACAUUGUGCUUGGCACAGGUGCCUACUUUGAUAUUUUCUUGCUGCUUAUUAGGACCUCUUGUACCCACUUAAUGCUGUGUAUUUUAAAAGAAUCAUGAAUGGAAAUAGAUCCUUAUUGUAUCUAAUGAAUUAAGGUGGUUUUGUUUUCAGAAGGAAGGAAGGAAGGAACUAGCCAUCUACAUAAGCUAAUCUAAUUGCCAAGUUGGAAUACUUUAUUUAAUUUACCUCCUAUGCAAUGAUUAAUGCUGCAAAACAUAUGGUUAUGUUACAAUAUACCCAUAAAAGAGAUUCUAUUAUAAGGGUUAAGAGGUAGUAGCCAACUGUAUUCUUUUGGAAAUGUACUGUACUGUUUCAAUGUGUUAAGUGCCUUGUAAAGUACAAUUUUAGGUCUAUUCUAGAGUAUGUUAUUUUCCUGACAAAUAUUUUUCAUUAUAAAAAGGAUAAAUAUACACAAUAUACUAUUACAUAACUUAUAGUUUUGUUAAAUGUGCUUACAUUUUAAUCAAAGAUACUAAUAUAAAUGUUAGACGCUCUUGUUUCCUAUCCAACAAUACCAUAGGCAUCAGUCUAGUAUAUGGAAUUCAUUUUCAGCCUUUCGUAGGGAAAGGAAGAAAUGGAAAAAAAAUAGCUCAGAUUCUUUAGAAGUGCAUUUUUCAUGACUGCUUGUUUUGUUUUGUUUUUUUGUACAUAUACAUUUCAGUUGUAAUUUUGGGGUGUGAACGUAGUGUACACAUAUUCCUAAAAUGCCAAAGUUUCACUUUUUUUCUUAAAAAGUGCCUAAUGGUGAGUUUAAACUAAUUUAUGUUUCUGCAUCACAGAGAACAGAUAAUGUGCACACCAUUUCUAAUUCCUUUGGGUUUUGCUUUUCAUUUGUUUUAUUUUUUAAACAAAAUGGUAUACUUUGUAUUUACCCAAUAAACUACAAUGAGAGAUGAA